AACGAAUCAAAAGGGUUUGGGAUUCUGAGGUUUUAGAGAGAAAAAAGCUCGUCACUCAGAUUCAGCAAAACCAUGAGACUCCUCCGAUCAAUUUCCGGCGCCUCUCACCGGUCACCACUUCUUCGAUUCCUCGGCCGGCGACACCUGUCUUCUUCUUCCGCUCCGGCUCAAACGGAGGAACACAGGAAUAGAAACUACGCCAGCAACGUGACGGAGUACAACGGCGUCGUUAACGACAUCAAUGCGCAGAGAAGGUUUCCGUUUCUCCUGAGGGACGUCUACGACGACAUGUCGCUCGACGGUGUCCAGCCGGACCGGGACACCUUCCACUCGCUCAUUUUGGGGUCCAUGAAAGGCGCUCGGUUGCAGGACGCGUUCUACUUCACGGAGCAGAUGAAAUCCAUGGGCUUGGUCCCUGAUGUCAAUUCGUAUAACUUGCUGAUUUCGUUGUGCGGGAAGUGCAAGAAGUCGGAGCAGGCGAUUCAGAUUUUGGAGGAAAUGAAGAGGUAUAAUGCGAAACCGAUGGUGCAAACCUACAUGUGUCUCCUCAAUGCGUGCGCAGCUUCUGGCCGCUUAGAUCAAGUGUACGCGAUUGUGCGUGACAUGACUGCUGCCGGUCUUGGGUUAAACAAGUUUUGCUAUGCGGGACUUAUCACUGCACUGAGGAACAAGACACCCUUACCGGAUGAUUAUGCUGCCAAAAUUAUAGAGUUUGUCGAGCGGUCAAAAGAGUGGUCAUCAGUUGAAGCUUCAAGUGAAACUGCUCAAAAUGUAAUGACAGGGAUAACAGAAGAGGAGUUGUAUAACAUGCCAACAGCUGAGUAUGUUAACAAGCGUGGAUAUUUAAUGAGGCAACUAACUGUGUAUCAUGUUGCAUUUAAUGCUUGUGCAGACCUACGAAAUGUUGAGGUGAUGGAAGCUCUUUCGGACAUGCUUCAAAAGGAGGGGAAAUAUCCUGAUAUCUAUAUUUUAAUUCAAACUAUGAGAUGCUAUUUGAACUGUGGGGAUAUUGAUCGUGGUGUGCAAAUGCUUGAUGAAUAUCUGAAGACAGGGAGGCCUCCUGUAUCAGAACUCUAUACUACACUUGCAGAGGGCGCCAUGAUUGGAUAUACUCCCAAGGGAAUGCAGAUCGCCCAGAAGGCAUUGGAAGAUAUGAAUUCCAGGAACUUUUUCUUGCUUCCAAGACAAGGGAGUGAUCUUCUCCUUGUAGCUGCUGGUGAAAAGACCGGAGGUUAUACUACUGCAAACUAUAUAUGGGACUUGAUGCAAGCUCGUAACAUAACUCCUCUAUUUUCUGCUGUAGAAGCAUAUUACAAUGGCUUGAAAGAACGCGAGAUUCCUGCUGAUGAUCCACGACUAGUACUAGUUACUAGAACUUAUGAAAACCUUUCUUCGAGAUUCAGAGGAAGACGAGCAAAUUAAGUGAUGAUGAAAGUCUCCAACGACUAGUUCCUAUUUCUGUUGUCGUUGAACUGACAUAAUGAGAUCAUUGAUGUUUAGAAGGAAAGGGGCAUUGUGUUGGCUAUAUGAACCUUGAGUCAUUGGUGUGGAUACUCGUAUGUUUACAUGCAUUCAAGGCCAUCGUGGUGGAGGGGAAGAGUCUACAUGUGCCUUUUGGUACACACCUCUUCCUGCAGAAUGGGAUUUGCCCAACUAAUUUCUAUUCUUCUUUUUUCUGGAUGCAUCGAGUUUCAAUAACAACAGUGAAGACUGAUGAAUCAUCUGGUUCCUAGACAGAUGUAGAAUUUUGCUUUCUCCAUCCCCUUUUUGGCAACCUUGAUUUUUAAUUUUCGCUUUUACUGGGAAGUGCCGAAGAGCAAUGACUUCUGUCACUUUUGUUUCACCGAUAACCCACAAGCAUCGUCAGGCCGGUUAUAGGUGUUUUCAGUUGUCCUUCAGGAGCUGUUGUAAAAGAUUUCAGAUAAAUUGGCUAAGGUUUUUAUGUAUUUAGUUAUUUUUAAUCAUC